AUUUUUUUUACCUGAUUUUAAGUACAAUACAAUUGGAAAUGUAUGUUGAAAAUGCAAUUUAUAUUGCUAAAAUUUAAGUUACAAAUUAUGGUUUCGCUGCUUCCUGUCGACAACACAUUUAGAUAAAUAGCCCAAUAUCAAAGCAGUUUUAACCCGUCCAAAACAAUAAGCAUGCAGAAACAGUUCGUAAUAUUUCAAACCUAAACCGAAAAUGUAGUAUCAACACAUACAUAUGCAUCAACAGUAAAUUCAAUAAACUUUUUUUUUAAACGAGCAACAUAUAAACCAUACACACGCACGAAAAACCCUGUUGUUUUUACAAGUGGCAAGGGGAGAUUAGGUGAGAAUUCAGGCUGUAAACGCUGUUGAAACUACCACAAAAAAAAUGGAAACGAGAUUUUUACAUCACUGGAUCGAGAACAACCUACAGAAGACGGAGAGCUACAUUUUUAGUGCUGCGUUUCGAUUUUGGAGUCGCCAAAUCGGAAAGAGCAACACUUAUUUGUCAAUAACGCGACAUCACGUUGAAAUAAAUUGCGCGAGAGAGGGAAAUUAAGGUUCCGGGUCCUGCUUAAACGAGCACCGAAAAAAAAAAUUGGGAAUAAGGUGUAUAUCACUGGUUAGAGGACAAUUUGUAGAAUACCACUAGCUACAUUUUGAUUCAAGUGGGUUGCAAUCUGGGUUGUCCAUUGAUCGUUGAGAUACAGCUAUGGUCUGCAUUCCCUGCAUCGUCAUUCCCAUUCUCUUGUGGGUGUAUAAGAGGUUCCUUGAACCCAUCAUCUACCCCUUCAUGGGUCCAAUUAUAAGCCGAUUUUGGCCAACAAAAAAAGCUGUCCAGGAGAGUGUCACAGGAACGGGUGAUAUGAAAGCCAGUGAAAAGAGCAAUGGAUGCCCAGUGAUGAGCAAUGGAGCAUGCAAGACCGAAGUCAAUGGCCUGGUUGCUAAUGGGGCAGGUGCAAAUGGUUCAGCGACUGCAGCCUUUGACAAGAAGACUGACUGACAUUUCACACCUUAAGUUAUAUUUAUCACUGUGAAAGUGUUUUAAUACAAUAUGGAGAAAAACACUAAGUUAAUCAUUAUUUUAUUUAGUUGAGUAAUGUAGAAUCGUUUAAUGCUUGAUUUAACAUAGCAACACAAUUGACAUUUUCCAUAAUGCUCAUUACAAUUGCUUUGAGAGAUUGCAUUAUCAUUUCAGGAAUUGUCCAUAAUAUAUUUGCAGGAAUAGUGACAUUUUUGUGUUUCACUGUGAGAUUGGCUGUGAUAUUCACCUAUUCAUUCCUCCCACUGGAGCAGCAUCUGUUGUCAAAAUGUGAAAGCUGUUCUGUCUUUGUGGCUGUGUUAUCUAGUGGUUUCCUAGUUGCUAAAAUUCUACACUGUUCACUCAAUUUCAAUUUAUGUCAGAAAACGAGCACUGAAUGGUGUAGGGAAUCAUUGUACGAUCUAAAUCACUGUGAAUGAUAUUUUCGAUAACAAGAAAUAUUGUCGUUAUCGCUGUUUGAAGCUGGUGGACCAUAACUAAAAGUAACUUUGGUGCUAGUGGACCGAAACCUCAGAAUAUUUUGACAGCAGAUGACUGUCUGGCAGGAGAAAUCAAUAGGCAAAUAACACAAGAUGGGAGGGAACACUAUCAUUCCACUAUUAUUGUCAAAUAUAUUAUUGACAUUUUCUGAAAUUACAAUGGAAAUUAUUUUUUUCAAUCCUAUGUGUAGCACCUUUUAAUAGAUGAAUAGUAUUUCUGCCUUUGGUUUAUCGAGCUUGAAUCCCUGAUGUGUUUAUAACAUACAAUACCUAGUUCUGUAUAGUAUUUAAGUAUACAUUUUAUAAUUCUGAAAUAAAUUAGCAACAAUUAAAAAAAUUGUCAUCUUUCCUGUUUUAAAACUUUAUUUUUCUUUUACUUUGUGCAAUGUAGA